AGUUAUCUCCCCGUCGCCUCGACUGGCUGCGUGCUGUGUGCUUCCUCAACCUCAAGAGAGCGGCGAACGGCGAACCAAACAAUUACCAUUUCAUUGCGGGAUGGAAAAUUGUCGUGACGACACUGACGAAAACUAUUCUUCAGACGAUUCAGACAAAGUUGCCCCGAAAGAUUUCAUGCGUUCUUUACCGGACAGCGGCAAAAGGACGAGGAAGGCUCGUCAAGUUUUUGACCCCUCAGACAACAACAUUCCUAAGUCAAAAAUGGGAAAGCGAUCUUCACAUCUGCUUCUACCAGGUCAACAUCAAUCGCUCGGCCGACCAGCAAAGAUGCCACGACAUGAGCCUCCCUCUUCACCUGUUAGCUCAACCAAGUCGAGUCCGGAAAAAACCCCGCUGAAGGAGCCAUGCCCACCAAUGCCCACCUCGCCAGUCUCUACUCCCUCAACUACACCAACUAAAUUUGAGCCGUUGGGAUGUGUCAUCUGCUUGAAGGACACAUCAAGCAAAUCUCUUAGACUGAUCCAUUGCAAGAUGAAGAACUGCAGCAAUCAAGUCCAUCCCCUCUGCCUGAGGAACAUGACCGACUUAACAAUGGAGGCUCCUAUGAAGCAUGCUUUGAAGUGGCGUUGCAUUCAGUGCAGAAAGUGCACCAUCUGCUCCAAGAAAAGGGAUCUUAGGAUUUUUCCCAACGAGUGGAUGGUGGUGUGUCAUUCGUGCGAUGAAACGUUCCACGCUCAGUGCCACUCCCCAGCACUGCUGAAAAAGCCUACUUCAAAGUGGAACUGCUACAGAUGCACAGUAGACAAGGCGGUCAGUGCAGGUAGCAAGAUUGUCCUGUAUCCUGACGCUCCACCUCUCUCCAUUGAAUUGCCGAAAGAUUUUGCAGAAGAGUCUGAUCAUAUCGUGACCAUGGAGAACAGUGUGGCUAAUCCAGAUGAGAUUUGUGAUGUGGUGGAGUGGACCUCAUCUGACCUCUCGACUUACUUCAAAGACAAAGGUUUUGGGGAAGAAGCAAAGAUUAUAGAAGAACAGGAGGUUGACGGUAAAAGUCUCUUACUUAUGUCCCGAAUGGAUGUCCUCAGAGGACUGAAACUCAAAUUAGGCCCCGCCUUGUUAAUGUACAACAACCACAUUGUGGCCAUGAAGGAAAUCUACUUUAAAGUUUAAUAUUUUGGUCAUUUACAUGUUAUCUGUCACUAUUUAAUUUCCUCAGCUAGACAGUUAAUGUCAGAUCUAAUUCAUUAAGUUUUUUCCUGUAUGUGAACUGUAAAAAUUUCAUUCUUUCACUCACAGAUUUCAAUAAAAAAUAUUCAAUUUGA